AUGGUUAACAGUGAGAAUACUUUAAAACUGAGGAAGUACAGACUACCUUUUAGAACUGAUGACUCCAAGAUUGAAGAUCCAGGUUGCUUCUGGGUUAUUAUAAAAGGGUGCAAUCCCUUUUUAGACCAUGAAGUUGACUAUCAAAAACUAAAUAGUGCCAUGAAUGACUUCUAUAAUAGCAUGUGUCAAGAUAUAGAAAUAAAACCGUUAAUGUUGGAAGAAGGGCAGGUUUGUGUGGUUUACUGUCAGGAACUCAAGUGCUGGUGCAGGGCUGUUAUUAAGUCAAUUGUGUCCUCAGCAGACCAUUACCUGGCAGAAUGUUUCCUUGUGGAUUUUGCCAAAUACAUUCCAGUGAAAUCUAAAAACAUCCGAGUUGCGGUGGAAACUUUUAUGCAGCUUCCCUACAGAGCGAAAAAAUUCAGACUAUAUUGCACAAAACCUGUUACGUUACAUAUUGACUUCUGUGAAGACAGUGCUGAAAUUGUACCCGCCAAGAAGUGGGACAGUGCAGCCAUUCAGUAUUUUCAGAACAUUCUCAAAGCAACUACCCAGGUGGAAGCCAAAUUAUGUGCUGUAGAAGAAGAUACUUUUGAGGUUUACCUUUAUGUAACUAUAAGAAAUGAAAAAGUUUGUGUUAAUGAUGAUCUGGUUGCAAAGAACUUCGCUUGUUAUGUAUCACCCAUGGAGAACAAAAACCUUGAUUCUUUAGAGAAACCAAGAUUGAAUAUAAAGCCAGCAUCCUUUUCCAAUAAACUCAAUCCAGCACUCACUCUUUGGCCAAUGUUUUUGCAAGGACAAGAUUCUCAAGGAAUGGAAAAAUCUCAUGGUUUAACUUUUCUGGCACAAUCUCUCCAACAUCCAUGGCCCAAGCACGUUUUGGGUGACAUAGGGCCAACUGCCAUGAUCCUGGAUAAAACUAUAAAAUGUGAAAUGGAUUCAUUGAGAGGUUCACCUAAAAACAUAUCUGAAAAGAAACAACAGGGUGUCUCAUUAAAAGAUAUAAAUAAGUGUGUUGAAUCUUCAGUGUAUUGGCCAACAAAAAGAGGCAUAACCAUAUAUGCUGAUCCAGAUAUACCAGCAACCAGUGCUUUACGCCAGAAGUCAAAUGAGAAACCACUUAGAUUGGCUGAGAAGAAAGAAUACAAUGAGAAGAAUGGCUGUGUGAAAUUAUUACAGUUUUUAAAUCCUGAUCCUUUGAGAGCUGAUGGAAUCUCUGAUUUGCAGCAGUUGCAGAAGCUGCAGCCGGGCACACGGCAGCCCUUCGCACUGCUCCGGAACAGGAUUGAGCCUUGCUUAUCCAUUGACACGUCGCCGCUCUCGGCAGACCUGAAAAAGGCUCUUCAAAGAAAUAAGUUUCUGGGACCUAACCACACUGAAUCUUACUCUUGGCCUCCCAUAGCACGUGGCUGUGACGUGGUCGUCAUUUCUCAGUGUGGAAAUGACCCUUUGUUGUACCUUCCACCAGUGCUUACGAUUUUGCAAACAGGGGGCUGCUACAAGUCAUUACCAAGUAGAAACGGACCUCUUGCAGUCAUCGUGUGUCCUGGGUGGAAAAAGGCCCAAUUUAUUUUUGAAUUAUUGGGAAACUAUAGCACGUCCUCCAGGCCUCUUCAUCCUGUGUUAUUAACAAUUGGACUCCACAAAGAUGAAGCCAAAAACAUGAAGCUUCCGAGGGGGUGUGAUGUAAUUGUUACAACACCACAUAGCCUCCUGAGACUUCUCAAGUAUCAAAGCUUGUUAUUUCUUAGGCUCUGUCACCUCAUUUUGGAUGAGGUGGAAGUAUUAUUCUUCGAAGCUAAUGAACAAAUGUUUGCCAUAUUAGAUAACUUUAAAAAAAAUAUCGAAGUUGAAGAAAGGGAAUCUGCGCCACAUCAGGUUGUUGCAGUUGGCGUCCGUUGGAACAGACAGAUAGAUCAUUUAAUCAGAGAGUUCAUGAGUGACCCCUACAUCGUGAUCACAGCCAUGGAGGAGGCCGCUCUCUAUGGCAGUGUCCAACAGGUGGUACACCUUUGCCUAGAAAGUGAAAAAACCUCUACUUUACUCCAAACUCUUGAUUUCAUUCCAAGUCAGGCACAAAAGACCUUGAUCUUCACCUCUUCUGUAGCCGAAACCGAAAUAGUAUGGAAGGUAGUAGAAAGCAGUUCAGUAUUUUGCUUGAAAAUGCAUAAAGAGAUGGUUUUUAAUUUAAAAAGUGUUUUAGAACAGUGGAAGAAGAAGUUAAGUUCUGGCUCUCACAUUGUAUUAGCUUUAACUGAUGACUGCAUACCACUCUUGGCCAUCACUGAUGCCACGUGUGUGAUUCACUUCAGCUUUCCUUCCUCGCCCAAAAUUUUUGGUGGACGCUUAUAUUGCAUGUCUGAUCAUUUUCAGAGUUUAAAGGAACAGGGUUCUCCUGCGGAACAGGGAGAUAAAAAAACCAAAUCUGUCUUGCUGCUGACGGAGAGAAACGCAUGCCAUGCGGUUGGGAUCCUGCGCUACUUGGAGAGAGCAGAUGCCAAGAUUCCCUCCGAGCUGUAUGAGUUCACUGCAGGGGUUCUGGAAGCCAGGGAAGACCAAAAAGCCAGAAGGCCUCUUUGUCCCUAUCUUAAGGCUUUUGGGUUUUGCAAAGACAAAAGAAUCUGUCCUGAUAGACACCAUAUUAAUCCAGAAAUAGACAUGCCAAGGAAAUUAUCCAACCAAGCUCUACCAGUGUUUGGAUACAUUAAAAUAAUACCCUGUUAUAUUUCAAAUGCAACAAAUUACUUUGGUCGUAUAGUUGAUAAACAUGUGGAUCUUUAUGCAACUCUUAAUGCUGAAAUGAAGGAGUAUUUUGAGGAUUCCAGUAAUAAAACAACUGUUGAAAAGGUGGAGAAUUUUGGAUUAUAUGGAUUAGCAGAAAAAACACUUUUUCACAGGGUUCAGGUGUUGGAGAUGAGCCAGAAAGAAGACACUUGGGCCCCGGAUAAUGUCCUUGUAAAGUUUAUAGAUGAGGGCAGGACUGGACUUGUUACAAAAGACCAACUCCUGCAUCUCCCAGAAAAUUUCCACAACCUGCCCCCGCAAGCUGUGGAGUUUAUUGUUUGUAGAGUGAAACCCGCUGACAACGAAAUCGAAUGGAAUCCAAAGGUUACUAGGUACAUUCAUCAUAAAAUUAUCGGAAAACUGCAUGAUGCAAAAGUGAUACUGACUUUAGGAAAUACGGUUUGGAUUGAUCCAAUGGUACACAUUACAAAACUCUCAAAUCUGAAAACUUCCGUCAUUGAUUACAAUGUUCGAGCUGAAAUUUUGUCGAUGGGAAUGGGCAUUGAUAAUUCAGAACAUAUAGAACAACUGAAACAGUUAUACGAAGGAGCUAAAAUGCCAGCUUUUGAAGAGAGCCUAAGCCAAAACCUGAGACCGUCUUCAGCAGAAGAUGCUGCCUGUCUGCAGAGCACACAGCAAGAGGACGGGGAUUCGGGAAGAGGAGCUGACUCCAAGACAAGCUCAGAGAACCAAAAGGAUGAAACUUUUCCUGAAAACGCUAAAGAUGCUCCCAUUGACAGAACCACAGAGCCUCUGAAAAGCUUCCACCCGCAAAUAAAAUGGUUCCAAAAAGAGGAUGCGGUCAUAUUGAAGAUAAGAAUAAGGAACGUAAAAGAUUACAAAUGUAAAUAUUUUAGAGAUAGAGUCAUUUUCAGUGCCUGGGUAGGAGAGAAGUUUUACUUGGCUGAUAUGGAGCUGCAGGCCAACAUAAUAAAAGAUGAUUGCAAAUGCGUAAUUAAGAACGAUGAACCCAUAAUCACUCUUGCAAAAGAGAGAAGGGAGUCUUGGUGUCGCUUACUCAAACGGAGGAAUCCCAAUGUGGCUUUCGAUUUUGAUCACUGGGAAGAAUGUGAAGAGGAGAGCCACUUCUCCAAGGUUGUAAAUCCUAAAAACCUGUCCUGCAAAGUGGCAGAGGUGGUUGAGAACAGUGACCAGACUUCGGAGGACGACGAAAGUGAGAGUGAAUGAGAAUGUUGGUUAAAUCUUGAAGAGUGGCCGGAAGACAGUGAACAGAAAUGGAUUUUGCUGUGUGACUGAAAGUUAAGGAAACAAGCCGUCAUGUUCCAACCGUCUUUCACCCCAAGGAUAAAUUAUUGCUAAGUGUCAUCUUGUGGCACUGGGAUUGGUAAUGGUGAGAAAUUCUGACUCGAUUUAAAAAUGGGCUGAAGAGGAGACUCUCAGAGGAGGGCGGGAGCAGAGACGGAAAGCUCCAGCUCCCGCGGGCUGUCCUCAUCGCCUCCUGUGAAGCCCGUCCCGACACGCUCCAGUUGAGUGACCAAGAGCACACCGUGGCUUCGGGUAAUGAACGGUACUAUCUGGAGCUAGUCUCUUUGUUCUGUUCAUUUAGACCUAAACGUUUGGGACUUUCCUAAAAACUUGGUCUUGUGCAUAUAAAUUGAAGUUUUUGUCUUACAAAUUCAUACUGAGUGCUUAACAGACCCUUUCAACCAUGAAUUGGGGUUGAACAUAACUGCCUGUGUACUAAUACUUCUAGUAAUUCUCAAGAUAUUGAUAGCUACUCCGAGUAAGUUUACUCUGUAUGAAGAGAUAGUGCAGGGAUAGAAAUGGGGUUGCCUCAGCAACACUAGCCAGACUCAAGACUGUCUUGGAGGUACACUUCCGCUUCUGAAGAACCCCCUGAACCUGCGGGGUCCUGAGUAAAUGGAACAGAAGUUCCUCUUCAGUAGGACCUGUGGGGUGCCUGCAGGUAAUUCUCAGAACCCCUGAAACAUCCAUGACCCCGUUCUGGGUGAGGCCGUGUCACCCAGGAUCCCAAGGGUAUCAGGAGGAAUGUGUAUUGUCGUUACCCCGUAAAUGUGAGAAUGGCCAGAGCCUGACUUUUCACGUUAAUUGGCAGUUAGAAAGGUGAGCUGCUGGCAGACUGCAGCCCUGUGCACUCAGUGGGAGUCUGGCAGCCCUGCCCAGAAGCGGGAAAGCACGCUGAUAGAACAUGACUCUGUGACUGCCCCUGAGGUCUUUAUUCCUUUUAUAUAUCAGAAAGUACGGAUGCUCAAGUUUGUGGAUGUCCCGGGCAUAAGCCACCGCUCGAAUGAGAGUUAAACUCUGUCACCAGGCUGUCCCGUGAGCAGGUUUGGUUCGUACUCUGGCUCAGUUUCCUCAUCUGUAAAAUAAGACCUGCUCACGCGCAGCCUUGCCUCAGGAGGUGGCUGCAGAGGGCUGGGGUCGCGGCCUCCGUUCCACGCAGGGGCCCUGGGACGGCCAGACCGCUGUCCUCUGGUGGGAACAUGUGACGUCCAGCCUGGACAGCUGCCAGGAGCACAUCCUCGCCGUGGCACGUGUCAAAUUGUCACAUGAAGCAGAGUGAUGAUUUUCCUUUUUCUUGGCUAAAUCGGCUCUUCAGGAAGUAGGAAGUUCCGGUGUCUCUGCUGGCAAAGGUUUUGACUCCACGGAGCUCUUUUGAUGUCUUCGUCUGGUGUCGGUCUCUGUGGAUACGGCUUUUGUUCCCGCUGGGGAGGCCUUCCCAUAGGUGGCCAAGCCUGAGCUGCACUGGCUCUCCUGGUGGUUGCCGGCCACCUGCAGUUUAUGCUCGAUUGUAUCGUCUCUUUUGUAAAAUAUAGCAAAUAAUAAUAGCAAGUAAUAGAGCUGCACAAAUGUGUUUCCCAUGUACAAAUGGUGGGGGGUCCUGCUCUCAAAGAAGAUGUAAUGUCAUUACCCCUUAAAUGUGGAGGGAAAGGCUCCCCGCUUUGUGUAGUUCCCAAAGAGCUAGAUGUGGGGGUGGAAGGCUGUACCGUAAACUAAUCUUUGUUUCUUUUUUCAGAUGAUUGUAUUUACUCUUUGAAGUUCUGAAUAACAUUUUGUAGGAUGUAAGACAGUGACUUGUGAAAUGUAAACGAUUACUAAUUGGUUUUUCGUUCUAUUAAUAUGUACUGAUUUCAUGUUUUGGGAAAAUUUCUGAAAUGCAAGGUAAAAGAACUUUUGUCUAUGCUUCUAAAAUUGCUCACAUAAUUAGCUGUGUGAUGUCUUUUGCAGCAUAUCAAUAAAAUUACAAUGUUUUCACAGAAA